AUGGCUUUGAUGAGUAUGAAUAACACAUCUUCGAUCAUGAACCUCACCACCAUGGAACCGGCUACCCUUAAUCCAUCUCUUUACCCGUACAAUGCCCGAAUCGGUGUGGCCUGUGUGUGGAUCGUAGCUGCGGUCCUUGGACUCGUUGGGAACAGCCUCGUGAUCUGGUCGGUCGUCCUGUCCAAGAAACUCCGCACGGUGACCAACGCCUUCGUGGUCAACCUCAGCCUGGCUGAUUUCUGGACGAGUCUGUCUUACCCGUGGCAGGCCGUCGCCAUACUGAGCCACGGGUCCUGGCCGUUAGCUACAGAGAUCCCAUGCUACAUCACCGCUGUGCAGUUUUACACUGGUCUUGGUGCAAGCCAUUACUCGUUGGCGGCGAUAGCAUUCAAUCGCUUCAUGUUGGUCACUAAGAAACCUGCAAUAUACAGUCGUUGGUACUCCCCGAGAAAAGUCUCCGCCAUGAUCGCUGCGACUUGGGUCAUCCCGUCGAUCGUGUUCUUUUUGCCGCCAAUUCUUGGCAUUGGCGACUUUGGUUACGAUCCUCAGGACAACACGUGUUCAGACAAGGAUGGUCAUCCCCGCGGCCAAGAGUACAACCUUGCUCAAUCUCUUGGUCUGUUCCCGGUUCCUAUGCUAAUCAUUAUCAGUUCCUACACAGCACUCUACAUUCAUCUCAAACGUCACUUCAGGAAGCAGAAGAGGGGACGCACUGAACAAAAAAGCCCAGCCCAGGACGACAAAACAGUUGGGAAGUCUACCGUCUAUUUCAGUGUAUCGACCGAGUCCUUAUCCACGCCCACAAACGGCGUAGCCAAAUGCAACCGGCGAGCGAUCAGCCGUCGACAGCUUGCAAUCACCAAGAAUCUCUUUAUGGUCUUCUGCAUCUUCUUCCUGUUGUUGUCCCCUUAUUACAUAUCUCUGGCCGUGCGAAGCAGUAGUAAGUUUGCUCUGUACGGGGCAACCAUCACUAUCCUGAAUAGCUGGGUAAACCCCAUCAUCUACGCGGCAAAGCAUCCUCAAUUCAAGUUGGUGCUUCGAAAGAUCCUUUGCUGUCGCUACUCGCAGAUACCUGAACCAUCUGACUGGCUGAAAUCUGUCUUGUCUCGGAGGAAGUAA